AUGCUUUCCAAUCACAUCACCAUUAAUACACUCACUAAAAAUGAUGAUCAACAAUUUAAACAUAUAAAUCAUUUGAAUAGUAUCCAUUUAAACUUCAGAUUUAUGUGCGAUUGGAGUGAAUGUCACAAACAGUUUACAGCAAAACAGUAUUUAAAUGAUCACAAAAAAUAUGUUCAUUUGAAGGAUAAGACGUUUACAUGUAAUGAAGAAAAUUGUGGCAAAAUAUUGCCAACAAAAGUGAGACUCAAUCGACACAAAGUCAUACAUUGA